GCACUGUUUCUGUCAGUCAGCUGGUGUAGGUGGGGUCACAAAGAGCCAAGAUGGCUGACUUUGAGGAACCGCUGUCAGAUGAUGAGAAGGUCCGCAUUGCGGCCAACUUUGUGACUCAUGCCCCCCCGGGAGAGUUCAAUGAAGUCUUCAAUGAUGUGCGGCUUCUCCUCAACAAUGACAACCUCCUCAGAGAGGGGGCAUCACACUCCUUCGCCCAGUACAACAUGGAUCAGUUUACUCCUGCCAAACUAGAGGGCUACGAUGAGCCGGUCCUGAUCACAGAACAUGGUGACCUUGGUCAGGGGCGUUUCCUUGACCCCCGUAACUGUUUGUCCUUCCGCUUUGACCACCUAAGAAAAGAAGUGAGUGACGUGCAGCCAUAUGAAGGAGAGACAGCACUGAGAAGCUGGAGAGAUGCCUGUGAUACUUCCCUUAGUGCCUAUGUCAAAGAGCACUACCCCUCUGGUGUCUGCACUGUAUAUGGGAAAACAGUUGAUGGUCAGCAAACAAUCAUCGCCUGUAUUGAGGGACAUCAGUUCCAACCCAAAAACUUCUGGAAUGGGCGCUGUAGGUCAGAGUGGAAGCUCACCCUUGGUCAGUCCACUGCUCAAGUUGUGGGAGUGUUGAAAAUCCAGGUGCACUAUUAUGAAGACGGGAAUGUGCAGUUGGUUAGCCAUAAGGAAGUAGAAGAAUCAAUACCAGUGACUAAUGAAAGCCAGACAGCCAAGGAAUUUGUUGACAUUAUCGAGAAUGCGGAAAAUGACUACCAGACUGCAAUCAGUGAGAACUACCAGACCAUGUCUGACACCACCUUCAAGGCCCUGCGACGCCAGCUGCCUGUCACACGCACCAAGAUCGACUGGAAUAAGAUUCUGAGUUACAAAAUUGGCAAGGAGAUGCAGAAUGCCUAGAGGAAGGUUAGGGACUGACCAGGGAGACACACACUUCACUGGGCCCACCUAAACAUGUGCAAGGACUAACCAAAGCAAAACUUUAUCAGUAUGGGGCAAGGAAUUAAUAAUAACAAUAAUGAUUAAAAAAAGUAUAACUGAAGAAUUGAAGACUGUUUGGCACAGAUAUCCGUCUGCUGUAAAGAAGAUGUGGUCAUGGAGAUAAUCAUGGUUUGGAGAGGGCAGUUUCUUCUGGGUGUGUGUUGUCAAAGAGUUGUGUUGGGCCAGUGUGCGGGGCUGUGCUCAGGACUGCUACAUUACUGAAGUAAAUUUUCCUUUGGCUGUCUGAUGAAUCAUAGACAAGGACAAGGUUUCAGAAGUUUCUAUACCUUUUUUUUUAGCUUAACUGAUGCAGAAAUGCGAUCAUGUCACAAUACAGAUUUUAGCACAGAUGGAAAGAAACAUGAGGCAGCUGAUAUCAGAAAUAAAGCACACCAUCUCAUAUCAAGGUCUGAUUUUGACUGGAUAAAUAAGUUUUCACAAUCUUUUGCUUGAAAUCAGGACAAUACCUGGAAAUUCAAAAUGGAAAUGGAAAUUCAAAGCUGACACCAUAACAGGUGUCAAGCUUGGUGUUGGGAUAUAGAUGAUAUUUCCAAAAGACUUAAACAUUUCAGAGUAGCAGGAACCUCUGCAUAGCUCCCUACCUGCCCACCAGACUCUGCUGUUUGUCAGUGUCUGUCCAGGCUGAGCGAGUGUUUACUUGUUUUCUGUCGUGUGCCGCUGAUGUAUACGUCUCAAUCCAUGCAAUGAUGACUGAAGUGAAGAUAAAGCAACUUUACGCUGCUGCAUCUAUAAUGCAUUCUCUCUUCUCUUGCUUUGACAACACCAUCUCCAUUGCUGUACAGCUUUUCCUUUGAGAAAGGAAAACAGACUCAUAUUUACCAAGAUUUAUUUGCCAAAAUCUCUUUCCUAUGGUAAAGAAACUCCAUCCUCCCACCCAUGUAUGCAAAUUUCUAUUUUAAUACGCUGGUUUUUUUUGUUGUUGUGAGUCUUAGGAUAUUGCACUCUUCACUGUUUGUGUGUUGGCCAAUGCCAAGUGAACACAGAGCAGUUGCCAUGUAAGGCAACAUCAUAUACUGUAUAUCUUAAACAACGUCUGCAAGGCCGCAUCAUACUGUAAGUGUUAAAUGACUUCUAAGUAGGCUGACUCUGGAUCAGUUACUUUUUUAGCUCUACUACGUGCAGUGUUCAACCCUCACAUUAUACUUCAUCUGUGUGCCGAUCAGUUCUUAAGACUUUACUGCCCCAUUCUGUUGUAAAAAUAAAUGGACUGAACAUC